CUUUAUAAUGUUGUUUGCCGCAUAAAAUCUUAAGUUGCUAAGGUUUAUACAAAUUUGUCUGUCUUGUAUUUAUCGGUUGUGGGUUUCCUAUCGGGGUUGUGAAGGUCUCCCUGCACGUGGGGGAGGGGGCGCCCUGCCCAAGUCCUUAUCUCGCAGCUUCUCCCUUCCCACGGGUCAGGCGCAUAAAAGCUUGCAGUGGCCUCGUUGGCCCAUCCAGUGUCACCAUGUCUCAGCUGUACCCAAUGCUCCUGGCCCUGGCCAUGGUGGCCAUCCCUGGCAUCCAAGGAGCCUGCCCAACUGCUGCCGAACUCAAGAAGCCCGACGGGACGCGGACGUGCGCCAAGCUCUUCGACAAAAGUGACCCCUACUACGAGAACUGCUGCGGGGGCGCCGAGCUGUCUAUUGCGCCGGGCACCGACCUGCCCUUCCUGCCUAAAAGCUGGACGAACAUCGUCUCCUCCGUUGUGGUGGGCCAGCGCUGCGAGCUCACUGUGUGGUCCCGCAAAGGCAAGGGCGGCAAGACGCGAAGGUUCACCGCAGGCGCCUACCCGCGCCUUGAAGAAUACCGCCGGGGCAUCUUUGGCCACUGGUCCAACGCCAUCUCCGCCCUCUACUGCAGAUGCUACUGAUGCCUCAGAUGUUCCUUAUCUCCAACCCCCCCAGAGUGCUGAACCCCACAUCUGGCCUUGUCC